UGUAUCCGGCGAGAGGAUGUGCCGCAGCCAUCGCCGACUCAAGCACAGCGAUGAAAAGCUCCCACCGUGCAUGGAAUGGCCGCGAAAGAGAUGCCCCCCGCCCGAUCCGGCGACCUGCGACGAGCUCCAGCGGCGGGGAUUGGAACGGUCCGCCGAUGAGUGCCGGUGGCACUACUGGAGCCAUCGCAACGAUCUGGCUGUGCGGCAGCUGGCGAAGCUGCUUGAAGGAUGCCCCGAGAAAGUUGCCGGCUUCCUAUUCGAUCUGACACUUCAAAACUACAAUCGGCUGCUCCAUCCCAGGCGAUGUGGCUACAGUGCCUGCCACGUGCCGUACUGUCAUCCGUACGUCUGUGAACGAUACAUGGGCAUCUUCGAUGACCAGGGGAAUCUGAGGGAUCCCACCCAUCCUAGGAGUUUGUUCCAGCUCCUGAAACUGUUGCAGAACUUCCUCAAGGGCCAAACUCCAGGAUGUGUUUCACUGCCCUUCGAUUCCAGCCUCAGAGAAGAAGAACGAGCACCCGUUAUGCGCCACCGAUCCAUGAUCGAAACAAGAUGUUCCAGAUGGGGAGUCACAGAAUUAAGUGGACCCUCCAGGCCUAUGCAAAGCAAACAAAAGGGAAAGAAAUCCCCAGGACAGCUUAAACGAAAGGAAGACGACGAAAAAUCGGAAGAAUCCAAGGGAUACGCGGAAAUACGCGGAUCCCUGGAGAUAUCCCCGCAUUACAGAGUGCCCGGCAAGGACGGGGAUGCUGUGUCGUUUUACUCGCAAGACCUGAGCGACGACUCGAGGUACCAGCUGAUGAUAGACGACAAGGGCAGACGUCGCGGCAUGGGCAGUCACUCCGCUCAGCUCGGCAAUCUGCGCUCCGAGCAGGCCCUGUACCUGAAACGCCUCAUAGCGAAAAUGAACGAGAGGCGACGGCUGGAAAGGGAUCCCCAGAAGGUCCUGCGGGCCCUGAGCCAGCUCGAUCUGGAGGACGGCGGGCCGGCACAAGACCAGAAGACCCGCCGCAACGAGGCGGUCGCUGAACUCUCGAAAUUCUACACGAAAACCGUGAGCAGCGAGCGGCCAAAGAGCAGGACGCCCCCCCAUGCGUUGCCACUACCCAGGAAGUACUACGGAGAACCGAUACCCGUUCUGUACCACGAACCAUUCGAUUCGGCCAAGGAGUGGACGUGGAUACGCCGCCAUCCCAGCCAGGGCCGGCUCCUGGCCGACGGCAAGGUAGGAUUCGACAUGAUCAAACGUUACAGGCGCGAGUCCGUGGAGAAUGAGAUGGAAAGAGGCCGUGCCCGAUGGUCGAUACACAGUGCCUUUAGUCUGGCGAGUUCUCCCAGAAAGGCACGAAGUUCUAUCAAUUCCAGGCUGGGACAGAAGAAGCCCAAGAAAUAGAAUUCCA